AAGGAAGCACUAUUAAGGCAAAAAUUUCAUGAGAGAACGUACAAGUUAGACAAAAUAAAAUUCUCACGUUUAGUUGAUUUUUUUUUCAUAUAAGGAGCGGAAUGGAAGGCAAGAAAAAGUCUCAUCUGAAGAAGUACUUUGUGUGCGUCCGUAGCUUUGCUAUUGUUCAAGCAUUAGCUACCAAAUUUCGCCUGUUACGCUCUUCGAAAGCACCAACUCCCCCUUUUCCCUCGAACCUUGAAUCAAGCCAGCCCGCCAACAUGACUGCCGUGGUCGAUAACUCUGCAAAUUCUCUUGGCUCUGGCACCGCGCCAGAGGUACCAAAUGACGGCACUGGCGUGGUGCAGCUGGAUCCUUGGCUAUCACCUUUCAAGGAACCUCUGAAGCGAAGAUAUGCGAAAGCUCAAGAAUGGAUUAAGAAGAUUGAUGAUCUUGAGGGUGGUCUUGAGAAGUUCUCAAAAGGCACCGAGAUCUUUGGUCUAAAUGUUGACAAAGACAACAAUAUCGUAUAUCGAGAAUGGGCACCAAACGCCACCGAAGCUUUUCUAAUUGGAGACUUCAAUGACUGGAAUCGAGGUUCCCACCGUAUGGCAAAGAAUGAAUUUGGAACAUGGAGUAUAGUCGUCCCUGCGAAGGGCGGGCAACCAGCUAUCCCACACAAAUCCAAGAUAAAGAUAUCUAUGACAACACCUUCAGGCGAGCGAAUUGACCGUCUCCCUGCUUGGAUUAAAUAUGUUACCCAGGAUCUUUCAGUCUCCCCUGCCUAUGAUUCUCGCUUUUGGAACCCGCCAGAGUCUGAGAAGUACGUAUUCAAGAACCAGAGACCUAAGAAGCCUUUGAGUGUUCGUGUCUACGAAGCCCAUGUAGGAAUCUCCUCACCCGAACAACGAGUCACAACAUUCAAGGAAUUCACCAAGAGCAUGUUACCAAGAAUAAAGAAUCUUGGGUACAAUGUCAUCCAGCUCAUGGCUAUUAUGGAACAUGCUUACUACGCUAGUUUUGGGUACCAAGUCAAUAACUUCUUUGCCGCAAGUAGUCGAUAUGGCACCCCUGAGGAUCUCAAGGAGCUAAUUGACACCGCUCAUGGUUUGGGACUAGUCGUUCUCCUUGAUGUCGUUCACAGCCACGCCUCUAAGAAUGUACUUGACGGCCUGAACGAAUUUGAUGGCUCAGAUCACCUUUACUUUCAUGAGGGCGCGAAAGGCAGGCAUGAGCUAUGGGACUCUAGACUUUUCAACUAUGGGAGCCAUGAAGUUAUGCGCUUUCUGCUCAGUAAUCUGAGAUUCUGGAUGGACGAGUAUCAGUUUGAUGGUUUCCGUUUUGAUGGAGUGACCAGCAUGCUCUACACACAUCAUGGAAUCGGAACGGGCUUCUCUGGUGGGUAUCACGAGUAUUUUGGUGCGGGAGUUGAUGAGGAAGCUGUGGUUUAUCUCAUGAUUGCCAACGAGAUGCUCCACAGCCUAUACCCAGAAAUUAUCAGCAUAGCCGAAGAUGUAUCCGGAAUGCCAGCACUUUGCUUACCGUUAUCGCUUGGUGGCGUUGGGUUCGACUACCGAUUAGCCAUGGCUAUCCCAGAUAUGUGGAUCAAGAUUCUAAAGGAAAAGAAAGAUGAAGACUGGGACAUGUCGAACAUCUGCUGGACUCUCACUAAUAGACGACAUGGCGAAAAGACGAUUGCUUACUGCGAGAGUCACGACCAAGCCCUCGUGGGCGAUAAGACGUUGCUCUUCCAUCUAUGCGACGCAGAAAUGUACACUAACAUGUCGACAUUGUCGCCUCUCACCCCCGUAAUCUCUCGGGGAAUGUCGCUACACAAGAUGAUCCGGCUACUAACACACGGCCUCGGCGGAGAGGGUUAUCUAAACUUCGAAGGUAACGAAUUCGGUCAUCCGGAGUGGCUUGAUUUCCCACGUGAGGGUAACCAGAACUCAUUCUGGUACGCGAGGCGCCAACUCAACCUUACCGAGGAUCACCUUCUACGUUACAAGGACCUCAACGAGUUCGACCGUCAGAUGAACCAAACGGAAGAGCGCUAUGGCUGGUUACACGCCUCUCAGGCGUACAUUAGCCUCAAGAACGAGAACGACAAAGUGAUCGUGUUUGAGCGAGCUGGCUGCGUGUUCAUCUUCAACUUCCAUCCCACUGAGAGCUACGCCGACUACAGGAUCGGAGUAGGCGCCGCAGGCACAUACAAGAUCGUCCUCGAUACCGACACUAAGGAGGUUGGUGGGUUUGCCCGCAACGAUCACAACGCGCGAUUCUUCACCACGCCGAUGGAAUGGAAUGGUAGGAAGAACUGGACUCACGUGUAUAUUCCCAGCCGCACGGCUCUGAUUCUUGCACCUGAGAGUUCUUAACCUAAAGGAGAUACGGAAACGGAGGAACUGGUAUAUUUCGGUAUGAUGGAAGGGAAUGGCUUUACCCUACUUGAGGCAUUUGAUGGAGGUCGUCUUUGAAAGCAUGGCGGGUUUAGCGAGGUAAAAUGGGGGUAUGAAGGUGGCAGGCAAUAUGUUCGAGGUAGUUCUCAUUCACGAGUCGUGGCGAUAUAUCGCAUGGACUUAAUAACUAGAUAGAAAUAUUAUUCUCUUUGAAGAGCCAAAAGCUCGCUGGG